AUGGAACUAAGCAGAGCUUGUACAUAUAGGAAAAGUAAUUUCCUGAGUCACUUAAUGCUCGAGCACAUCAUAAAUUUCAAUUUGUCUAAUAAAUAUCCAAUUUCAACUCUGACAAAACUUUUCUGCCUCACUAAAUAUUUACUUUUUCUUUUAUUUGCCUUUGCUGAACUUGAUACUAUUUUAGGAAAAUUUUUGGUUCAUCUGAUGUUUGGUUCAAAACAUAUACUUAUGCAAGGAGGGUCGACUAGUUUAAUACUGUAUUUAGUAUUUCGUUCGUCAUCAGGACAAUCUACGAUAUAA